AUUCUUACUGGUUUUGAUUCUUUUGAAUAACCAAAGUUGUUAACUCGGUAUCUGAAGAAAGCUCAGUCUACAUUACAAGUCUAAAUAACAACUUAUAUACAGAAAAACAUAUUAUAUUAUAUAUAUAAUUCUAUGUAUACUCAGUUUGGACAUCAUGGACCACAAACAGUCCGACCUGCGGGGGGACCAGGUCAUCACCCUGGACAUCAUCAGGGACACCUUCCUGUGCAUCAACAGCCUCAUCAACAUUUACACCAUCAGCCUCAACCACAUCAACAACAACAACCAUCAACGAUGCAUCUCCACCGCCAUCAUCAGGCGCCACAACAAUCACAACAAUCUCAACAACAACAACAACAACAACCUUAUGUUACAGGACCUGUGAUUAAUCAGUACAAUAAUCGUAAUCCUGGACCAGGUGGAACAAACAUUCAGUACAAUGCCAAUGGCUCCGGUACACCAAUCAACAGUUACAAUGGAUCAAUGACUGUUAACUCUAGAGGUUAUAUGCCAAUUAAUUCAUCGCAAGAUCAAAAAGCAACGCUUCAACAGCAAACUCUUCAGCAACCUCAUCCACAACAACAAUACCAACAACCUCAUCAACAAUCACAUCAACAACCACAUCAACAAUCUCAUCCUGUAAUUCAUCAGCAACUUCAUCAACAACCUCACCAACAACUUCACCAACAAAUUCAUCCACAAUCUCACCAGCAACCUCAUCAACAUCAACAUCAACACAUGCAUCAUCAACCUCAACCACAUCAACAACAACCAUCAUCGAUGCAUCUUCACCGCCAUCACCAGGCACAACAACCACAACCACAACAACAACAACCUUACAUUGCAGGACCUGUGAUUAAUCAGUACAAUAGUCGGAAUGGACAAGGCGGAACAAACAUUCAAUACAAUGCUAAUCCAAAUUCGGGUACACCAAUCAACAGUUAUAAUGGAUCAAUGACUGUUGAUUCCAGAGGUUACAUGCCAAUGAAUGCAUCUCAAUAUCAAAAGCCAGCUCUUCAACAACAAACCCAUCAACAACCGAUUCAACAACAACCUUACCAACAACCCCAUCAACAAUCUCAUCCUGUAAUUCACCCACAAAUUCACCAACAAUCUCACCCUCAACCUCACCAACAACCCCAUCAACCACCUCUCCAACAACCACAUCCCCAACCUCACCAACAACCUCUCCAACAACACCAACAUCCCCACAUGCAUCAACCUCAAUCCCAUCAACAGCCAUCAUCAAUGCAUCUCCAUCGCCACCACCAAGCACAACAACCUCAACAACCACAGCAACAACAACCUUACAUUACCGGACCUGUGAUUAAUCAGUAUAAUAAUCGAAAUUCUGGACAAGGUGGAACCAACAUUCAAUACAAUCAACAUUUACCUAUUCCCGGUAAUCCAACACCACCGUUGACACCAGCGUCUGGAAUGCAGCAACCCUAUCCUGCCGAUAUCAAGCCUAACUUCACUGCCAACGGCAACGCUGGUCCUGGUUUAAUGAAUGGUGUAGGUGGUCCAGUAACUCCUGGUCCAUGUCCAACGACAAUGGUUGGUGGUAUGAGUAUGGAUAUUAAACCUACUCUUCCUAUUCCUUCCAAAGAUGACGAAAUUCGUUUAACUUUACCCCUUCGAGAUGGAACUUUAUUACAACCUUUUCGUCUUCCUCACAAUGACUGUGUUAGCAAUGUUGAAUUUGAACUUAAAAAUGAUCUUUACAAUUCUCUUACAACACGUCCCGAUUUUGAAGUACAGUUAAAGUGUUUUCAACAUCAAGAUGCAUUAAUGCAGCCAAACUGGCCGCCAUCAGACUGUGCAAUAUCUGUUAAUAAUCAUCCAUUAAUUAUUCAUGCUAGUGAAGUUCAAAGACCACUCAAUUUAAGAUCUGUUUGCCGGCCUGGUCGUAAUACAAUUACAAUUACUGUGUCUAGUUGCUGCUGUUCACAUUUAUUUACCUUACAAAUCGUCCAUAGACCAACAUUAAACAGCGCCAUUCAAAGUAUUGUGUCAAAAAAACUCAUUAAUCCAGAUAUUGCUAUUGAAAAGAUUAAACGCAACUUUUCAAAUAACCGAUUUAUCAACAAUUCAACCUACUCUUGUAUUAGGACACCUCCGAUUACUCCGGUUGAUGAUUGUUCCGGAAUUGAACCAACGACCAUUAAAGUAUCACUAAAAUGUCCCAUAAGUCGUAAAAUAAUAUCUUUUCCUGCGCGCGGCUCUGAAUGUAAACAUAUUCAGUGUUUUGACCUGGAAAGUUAUUUAAUCAUGAAUGCUGAAAGAUCCAGAUGGAAAUGUCCAAUAUGUGAUAAUUACGUUAAUUUUGACAACAUUGAAAUUGAUCAAUUUAUUUGGGGUAUUUUAUCAAACAUGACUAAACACAGUCCUGGUGCUGAAGAGAUAGCAAUUGAAGCUGGAGGCACUUGGAAAUUUGUCGCGUCUAAAGAAAGUUCAACAAGUAUGGCAGUAUUGAAUCAUAAUCAACGUUUCAAAGAGGAACCUGAUUCUACUGGAUCUCAUUGCAUUACAUCAACUUCCAUGGCCAUUGCUGCCAACAACAACAACAACAGUAUCAACAACAGCAACACCAAUACUAGUGCGGUUACUAAAAAGAAUAAUAAACGUUUGAAGGCAAUGUCACCAACUAGUUCAUCAAUGCCACCAACCUCUAAUUCUUGGGAAAUGGGACAAGGACUAGCAGCUACAAACGUUGUUCCUACAAGUUUACCGAGAGGAGUAAUAGGAUCAUCUGGCACAAGUUUAACCGCCACUGGGCCAGGUUACCCACCGUCAUUAACCGGUAUUUCCGAGAUGCAAAAUGGUUCACCAUUUGAUUUUCAACCUACAGGUAAUGAAUAUGGUACAAUCCCUCAUCUGCCCAACUCCAUUUCAUCAACAUCUGACAAUCCUCUUGAUCCAUUGGCGGCUAUGGAGAAAACAUUAUCACAACAUGACUUUGCUUCUCAUAGUGAAAAUUUUUCAAAUAUAAAUAGUAUUAAUCAUAAUCAUAAAUCACCUCAAAACCACCAUAAUCAUAUGAACCACCACCAAUCAAGCCUCAUCCUCAUCCUCAUCCUCCCUCAUCAACAACAACAACAACAACAGCAGCAGCAACAGCAGCAGCAACAACAACAGCAACAACAAUCACAGCAACAAAAUCUUCAUCCGCAAUCACAUCAGCACCCACCUCAUCAGCAAUCUUCUCAUCAAUCUCAUUCUCAUCCUCAGCAUACGUCGAGUGCACCAACAUCUCAGCAAAAUAAUCAAUCGCAACAGUCUGUCGGACAAUCCAACCAAUCUCAGAAUCAAUCUCAGUCAUCUGAUUCUGUUUCCAUCUCUCAAAAUUGUUCCUCUUUGAGCUCCAAUAGCUCCAACAAUGGUUCCAACGGUUCAUUAUCAUCAAUACCUAAUGGACCGCACACUCCGCAUACACCUCACACUCCUCAUACCCCACACACACCAAGUAACAUGGGUCCACCGUCAGUGAGCAGUGCAAAUGUAACUCCCAACUCAAAUGGUGAUCCAGUCAACAAUAAUCCGGGAAGCAAUGCAAGCAAUUCAAGUAGCCAUAGUGGUAACAACAACAAUUCAAUUAAUACCGAUCUUGGUGAUCUCAAUUUUGAUCCUGCUGCCGUCAUCGAUGGCGAAGGACAAGGACAAGAAGGACUUAAUCUUUUGCCUGAAAACAUUGUUGAUCCAAUGGAGAUUUUAUCAUACCUGGAUACCCCAGAAACAACAGCUUCCCUCGCUAUGACAUCAUCGACAAGUUCAUCAUCUAGUAGUAAUUUACUUAAUUCAAGUUCAUUACCAUCAACAAACUUAUCAUCUGACAAUGACGAUAUACUUUCCUUCCUCGAAACAUGAGCUUAGUUUCGAACGGAUGAAAUGUAAAUCUUGGCCAGUAUUUUCCACUGUACAAAUUAUAAAUUAUAAAGAAUCGUUGAAAGCAAACCCAAACAAAGAUGCAUCGGAAAGACACUCAAGCUGCAUGCCCUUUAAUCUGGAGUUAUUGAACAGCAAGAGAUUUUAUCGGAUAACUUGCAAAGAUUUUUUUCCCCUUGUAAAUGUAUAAAUAAUAUUAUGAAUGGAAUGCUAAAAACGAAAAAACGUUUCCACUUUGACAGUGAGAUGCAUGUUCAAUGUUUUUUUUUGUUGGUCCAGAACAGAGUCCAAACACAUUGAAAAGACAAUUAAACUUCUGCAAAGUAAAUAAAAUUACAAAAUUGGCAACCAUCGAAAUUUGAACCUUUUCAUCGAUAACUUAUUAUCAAAAAACAAUUGGUCGCAACUGUGCUUUUAACAAGAAAAAAGAAACAAAUAAAUGAAAGCAUUUAAAACACUAACGACUCUCUCAAGUUGAAACAACUAAGUAAAUAAUGAUGAACAACAUUGUCAUUAUCAUCAUUACCACCAUCCUGAACAUCAUCAUGAUCACCAUCUUCACUAUCAUCAUCCUCAUGAACAUUAUCAAGAAAUCAUCUUUAUCACAAUCGUCAUAAUCAUUCCCCCUGCCGCUGCUGUUGUCGCUGUUAAUUUUGUUAUUGAAAAUAAAAAAAGCAUGAAGGCCAUUGAUGGUUUAUCAUUUUGCUGAUGUAAAUAUAUAAAUAUAUGUGUACAUCUAACUCUUUCCCAACCUUUCUUCCCUCCCUCACUCUCUCUCUCUCAUUGCUGCUCUUAAUGUCAACAAUAUUUCGAGCUAUUCUUCAGCUGAUAUAAAUAUAAAUAUAUUUAUAAAGAAAUAUAUAUUUUUCCUCUCUUUACCGAGCGAUGGACGAAUCAUUGUUAAGAGGACAAGAUUGUUUUUUUCGUUUCACUUUCUCGAUGUUCACCAGCCAUCUUUAAACAUCUCUUCAAGUCCCGUCAUGGAAGCAACGUAACAUUUCAAACAAACCAACACGCACAUACAACACCAAUAACAACAAAACAGUGUUCUGAAAAUUUGGUGUAAAGAGAGGAGCAAGAUGGUGAUUCGUCUAAAGUAAAAAGCUUGACAAAAGAUGUGUGUAUAUAUUUAUAUACAUCUGUAUCUAUAUAUAGCCAUGCAUGUAUAUAUAUACAAAUAUAAAGAGGUAUAUAUAUUUGUGUGUCUGUAUUAAGGAGAGUGUCAAAAGGAUAAGCAGAGAGUUUAAGAUGAAUUAAGGAGCAAAAAAGAAGCAGCUAAAGCAAGAAAAGUAAGGACAAAGAAGGAGUAGCAGAAGGCAAUCAAAGAAGCAAAAAGAAGGCGAACAAGAAAGAAAAGAAAGACUCGAGAGAUGAAUUUAAGGGAGCAAAAGUAUCAACCAUUACGCCGGGUGUUUUUUUCAUCAUCUUGUUGCUCUUAUCAUUAUCUUAAAAAGCCAAACGUGUUUUGAGUCGCGCGUCAUUGCGCUCGCGCGUCGUUGAUGAUACAAUAAAUGGAGGGAGGCAGGAAGAGAGUUGAGGUCACCGGCACAAAUGGUUCUUAAGAAAGUCGCAAGACGGAAGGAAGACGAUAUAUAUACACACACUUUAUUUAUAUACAUACGUUGUAUAUGAAAGACUGGAGCAAUAGCGCAACAAAAAAGGAGCAAAAAUUUGAAGAUGAAUAAACGCUUGUAAUGAAGGUUCAUCAAGUGGUGAUCUGGAUUCUUUUUGGUGGAUAACAAGUUAUCUUCAUUUUUUUCUGGUUCCAUCAUUACACCCUAACAAUGCAGCUGACUCGAUGUAUAUAUUUGGUGCAAACAUGAAAACAAUAUAUGCAAAGUAUUCAUUUUUUGUUUCUCCUUCAUCCUUGAUCUCAACUUAAAACUGAUACCAUACAACAGGCAAAGGACAAAUGUCGAGAGCUUUUCAUUUCUCCAAUGUGUUCACUUUUCAUUCGCAAUUGGAUUGGUGAAGUUGAUGAAAGAGG